AUGGCUGAGAUGGCUUCCAAGAAAGACGAUGAAACCAUCAGUCACAAGAUUGAACAACUUUCAAAUAGGAAGUUGAUGUGGGCUAAUCACACGCCUGAUUCGGCUGGACAAACGUUAAGCAUGACAGCUGCCCUCUACGACAUGCCACUCUCUUUGGACGUUUUACUGCAUAGGAUUGGCCCAGAGGCUCUCAAGGAGCGGUAG